UUGCUACAUUGAUGGCCGGGUGGUCAAGGUGAUGGACUUCCUGAAAACUCGCCUGUUAGACACACUCUCUGACCAGAUUAGGAAAAUUCAGAAAGUGGUUAAUACAUACACCCCAGGAAAGAAGAUUUGGCUUGAAGGUGUGGUGACCACCUCAGCUGGAGGCACAAACAAUCUAUCAGAUUCCUAUGCUGCAGGAUUCUUAUGGUUGAACACUUUAGGAAUGCUGGCAAAUCAGGGCAUUGACGUUGUGAUACGACAUUCGUUUUUUGACCAUGGAUACAAUCAUCUUGUGGACCAGAAUUUCAACCCAUUACCAGACUACUGGCUCUCCCUCCUUUACAAACGCCUGAUUGGUCCCAAAGUCUUGGCUGUGCAUGUGGCUGGGCUCCAACGGAAGCCACGGCCAGGCAGAGUGAUCCGGGACAAACUAAGGAUUUAUGCUCACUGCACAAACCACCACAACCACAACUAUGUUCGAGGGUCCAUUACACUUUUUAUCAUCAACCUGCACCGAUCAAGAAAGAAAAUCAAACUGGCCGGGACUCUCAGGGACAAGCUCGUUCACCAGUAUCUGCUGCAGCCCUAUGGACAGGAGGGCCUCAAGUCCAAGUCAGUGCAGCUGAAUGGCCAGCCCUUAGUGAUGGUGGACGAUGGGACCCUCCCAGAGCUGAAGCCCCGCCCCCUGCGGGCCGGCCGGACAUUGGUCAUCCCUCCAGUUACCAUGGGCUUUUACGUGGUCAAGAAUGUCAACGCUUUGGCCUGCCGCUACCGAUAAAUCACCCUCACACUCCCAAGUUACCAGCUGGCCUGCUGGACUGCUUUCCACUCUCCUGCCCUAAUAGUGUCCUUAUUUUUCAGACAUCUUCUUAGCAACAAACCAGUCUCUGCUGCCCAGUCCUGCUGGAAUCAGCACAGACUUGCUCUCCAAAGAGACAAAUGCCAUAGCAUGAGCUUAGCCUAGGUAGGCCACAUCCGCCCCGAAGGAAAAUAUAGACAUCACCUGUACCUAUGUAAGGAUGAAGGUAUGUGUGUAGAGCUGUAUGUACCCAUGUGCACGUACCAUGAAAACAAGCUGAUGGCCCGCUCCCAGGACAAAGGAAACAGCUCUCGUGAUCCUGGUCACAUAGCAAUAGAGCUAUGGCCCUGAGCCCGUGACUGCUGACCUCAGCAGAAGAUGAGGAAAGAAAGAACCAGGUGGGCCUGCAAGAGCCCGGUCCUCUCCCACCUCCUUUCCCUGGCCUGUUCCCUUCUGCUGCCCUGGGUUUCCUACCACCUCUCUUCCCACAGGGGAGCAAGUGGGUGGGUCGGCGCCGGCCUGCUGGGUGCGCUGUUUAUGUCAUUUCCUGGCUGAUGUAUGAGUGUGCGCAUCUGGGCUUCUGACAGUGGCAUCCAUCACUGGCUACUCCUCUGGGAAACGGGUGCUUCAAAAGUAAAAUUGCAAUCAUACUCCAGAUCUUGUCCAAGGGUUCUAUUCCUCUGUGAAUCCAGAUUCCCCUUGGGUUGGAAUGGGAGUCAGGUAACAAUAUUCAUGGAGUGGAGAACAACGUAUUAGGCACCACAAAAAGCAAUCAUCAUCAGUCAUGUGUCUGGGAGGGAGUUUUAGUAUGAAGAGAAAGCACACUGAACCACCAAACACAGAUGCAUGCACACAUGCACGCACACCCCAGCUGAACAAACGAAUACUUAGACCUGCAUCAAAUCUGAGGGAAUCUUAAGGGCUUGUAGGCCAAGCCUUUCAUGGUUUGUUUGACCAAAACCAUAAAAAACUGUGUAAAUCUAAAGUCAUCACGUAAGACACAAUUGAAUCUAACCUUGCUGCCUCUUCCUAAGUAGCUCUGUGCUUCUCAAUGGCAUUUAUGAGGCAGAAAUCUAAUCUGGUCAUGAAAGAUGACCAGGUCUGUGCUACCCCAGACCAGCCAGUGUGAGCACAGAACAAAGCUUUGGGCUCACCCCGUGGGAGAAGGGGUAAUCUGGAGGCGGAGGUC